GCGAAAGAACGAGGCGCUCGAGCCCGUGCGGCGGGACGUCUCAGAGCCCCGGUUUUUAAUGGAGAACCGCAGACGAGAAAAAGCGGCGCGGAUCAACAGAUGGACGGGGACAGGGACCGCUUGCUGUCUUCGCGCGAGGACGUGGGGAAAAGCGGAACCAGUUCAAUAUCCUCCGCCUCGUUUAAUUUCAUCAACUCCAUUAUAGGAUCUGGAAUUAUAGGUAACGGUUUGCCGUACUCCUUGAGUCAGGCCGGUCUCCCGAUGGGUCUCCUGCUGCUUCUUCUGGUGGCUUUCAUCACAGAUUACUCCAUCAUCCUGCUGAUCAGAGCAGGCAAUCUGUCCGGGACUCACAGCUAUCAGUCUCUGGUUCAAAGCACGUUUGGCCAGAUAGGAUACUUGAUGGUGUCGGCUCUACAGUUUCUUUACCCGUUUAUCGCAAUGAUCAGCUACAACAUCAACGGCGACACUCUGACCAAAGUGUUCACGAGAAUUCAAGGAGUUGGUCGAAACGUUCUUGCAGAGAGACAUUUCGUAAUAAUGAUGUCCACUCUUCUGUUCACUCCGCUCUCUCUCUACAGAGACAUAGCAAAGCUGGGAAAGGUAUCUUUAUUGUCCACUUUGACUCUUGCCAUCCUCGUCACAGUGGUCGUGAGAGCGGCGACACUAGGACCACAGAUACCGGCGUCAGACGGCGCAUGGGUGUUCGCGCGGUGGAAUGCGAUCCAGGCAGUCGCCGUCAUGUCUUUCGCUUUCAUCUGCCACCACAACAGCUUCAUGAUCUACGGGUCGCUGCGGGAGCCCACGCUGAGCGGCUGGUCUCUGGUCACUCACGUGUCCGUGGGCUCGGCCGUGAUGGUCAGCGCUGUCUUCGCUGCCGCGGGAUAUGCCACUUUUACUGGUUACACGCAAGGCGAUAUAUUCGAGAACUACUGCAGGAAUGAUAACUUGGCUACAUUCGGCCGAUUCUGCUAUGGCGUCAGUAUAAUCACCACCUUCCCUCUGGAGUGCUUUGUAACCCGUGAGGUGAUCUCCAACGUGUUUUUUAAAGGAGAGCUCAGUACGACGGCGCACGUCUUCAUUACCCUGGUGAUCGUGUCGGCGGCGACCGUCAUAUCGCUCUCCUACGACUGUCUGGGCAUCGUCCUGGAGCUGAACGGGGUUUUGAGCGCCAUACCCCUCAUGUUCAUCUUCCCCGCCGCCUGCUUCCUGAAGCUCUCGGACGGCCGCUGGUUUCGCGGGGAAAACCUCAUCCCCAGCGUCAUCCUGGCGGUGGGCGUUUGUGUGAUGAUGAUCGGUUUGAUCAUGAUGGUGCUCUUCCCUCAGGACUGUUCGCACGGAGCGGAGAUGUUCUACUGCACCGUCUCCAACACCUCCGCUCCCAGCACCAUCUCACCGAACAGCGGGCUCCAGUUUAUUAACGCCACAGCGUUUUCUGACCGACGUUAACUACGCCGUUUUCACUGGAAUCUUUUUCUGUGCUGUUUUCUAGCGAUUCACUGUUGAAGCAAUUCUUGUAUUAAAGAAACGACAUAAUAGCUACAGUAGUUAUUUUUCACGUGAGGCGCUUUCUACGUUCUUGCUUUACGUUCCCGCCAUUUCUCGGUUGAAGACUGUAAACGUAUAAAGGCAGAAACGCAUGCCAUCUGAAACCAUGUAGUAGCUUUUUGUAUGGAACGGACCAAAAUUGAAAUAAACCUUUACUGAAGGUAAUGUGCAGCUGACAAAAAAUUUCAGUUUUGCACAUAAAGCUAAAAAAAAAUGAGUUAUGUAGAUAUUUAUUGAUAUUAGUCACUACUAGCCUGUGUCCCAGAGGUUAUCAAAACAUUUUUUUUCAUGUAAUAUUAAGGACAUAUAGCUUUUAUCAUGCUUUCCUCCCCCUGAAAAUCCAUUAUAAAAACACACAUUUUAUGUUUAAAUCUGUAAUUCUGUAAAUAACUUGCAGUUACAUAAAAAAAAAACUUUUGGACUUGCUAAUGACAUGCUAAUCAUGCUAACAACAUGCUAAUGAUGCUAGUCACUUGACAAGCAUGAUAGAGACAUGCUAGCCAUGCUUACAACGUGCUAGUAACAUGCUAAUCGUGCUAGCGACAUGCUAGUGUUAAGCAGGCAUAUCUUUAAAUCAGAAUGCCAUGAAGACUUUGUACGGAAACAGCCAAUCAUCAAUCACCAUUGACGCUUCCUAGCCACGCCCUAGCAACCAUUAUCAAACAACCUAGCAACCAAACCCUAAACUGACAUAUCUUCAAAACCGAACGUCACAGAGACAUGGGGGUGGGCUCGUUUGACUCGGGGCAGCAGACAGCUAAUCGUGAACCACUUCACGUGACUUUUCCUAGCCACGCCCUAGCGACCACUAUCAAUGACCUUAGCAACCCAAGCCCACACAGGCAUACUUCAAGUCUGAAUGUCUUAGAGACAUGGGGGUUGGUUUAUAUCAUUCAUAAUGACAAGCAGUCUUUAGUGUAUCAUGAUGGUCAGCUGCCGAUCCACUUACUAUCAACAAAACAAUGUACCCUAGCAACCGAUUAGCAAGACCUAUAUCUCUGCAUCACGAUAUCGUAUAGACAUGGGAAUUGGUUCUUCUGACUUGUGUUAGCAAACUGGACUUCAGAUGUGUUAGUAUUGCUAGCAGUACUACAUGCUAACAGCGACUAGCUAUAUGCUCAUUCAUGAUGAGACCUCUAUAAAACUCAAUAGUAAGUAGCAACCGAGUGCGAGUUUUGCCACGGCAAGCACCACUCACAUUUUCUUCAGGAAAUGUACAUUCUAGUUUAGUCAAAUUAUGCAAAAAAUGUGAAGGUAUGCUUUCACUUUUUUGUAUGCUACAUAUGCAUUUUGUUUAACAGAUACUCAAUUUAAUCAAUGCAAAAAAAUAAAUAAAAAAAUCCUAUAACUGUCACCGCAUGUUAUUGUCAGAGUUUGUUAUGUUUCAGAAAAAGCAAAGUAAAUCCUCCCACCUGUUGUCGGGUUAUAUUAAUUGGUCAAACAGGCUAACCUAGCUAGCGUGUGUUUAGCGUGGCGUGCUGAUAUGAAACCACGAGACUCGACUCGCAAACAAAAUGUUUCGAGGCUCAUAAGCAGUAGAACUGACACUUCACUAAAAAACUGAAUUGAGUAGAAUUGUUAUUAGUUCGUCGUGUAUUUCAUCCUGAGCGCUUCGCCACACGACCCAAAUCUGAAGGGCACUGAAACGCUGAAGGCAACUCUUUUGAGUCGAUUUGUGACUAAAUAAAAUGUCGUCAGCUAUCGUUGCAUAGUCAAAUAUAUUCUUCAGAAGCUUUCCUUGCAAGACAGCAUGAAGGUGAGCGUCAACAGAAAUGCUUUCUUUCCCCCUUUAUCUAUAUAAACAAUGUACCGAUGAUAAUUAGCGCUAGAUGUC